AUGGCCGACGUCGAAAACUCCCCCGCCGCCGAAGGCACGCAGAAGGGCCGACCAGAGAAGCCUGACGAAGCCAAAUACAAGGCCGCACUCGCGCAGGCCGAAAAGGAACAUGAAGCUGCGCAGGCCAAAUUCAAUGCCAGCCGCACCAAGCUCGACAGUGCUCGGCCUGGAAAGUCCACGCCUGCCAACGACCGCUUCAAAGAGCUUGUGGACGAUCAGAAGGCCAUCCGUCAGAAGCAGCAAGAAAACAAAGCGGCCAAAGCAGGACAACAGGACAAGUACAACCAAAACGACGCCUUGAUCAAGAAACUCAUUGCCGAGCAAAAAGAUGCCCGCACGCGAGCUGGAUUCAAGAACGUCGAGGAAAUCGAUGCCAAGAUCGACAGUAUCAUGAAACAAGUGGACUCCGGGAACAUGAAGCUGGUUGACGAGAAGAAGGCCCUGGCCGAGGUGUCGUCUCUGCGCCGCCAGAAGAAGGGGUUCACUGCUCUGGACGACCUACAGAAGAAGAUCGACGAGAAGAAGGCCGAAAACGCCGAGCUCCGAAAAUCCUUCGACAGCCCCGAGGCCCGCGCGUUGGCUCAAAAGUACGAAGAGAACCAGAAGGAACUCGACCAGAUCAAGGCUGCCCGCGAAGACACGAACAAGAACUUGGACGUGCUGAAGGCGGAGCGAGAGAAGCUGUACCAGGAGCAACAGGCCACGUAUGCCGCCAUCAAGAAGCUCAAGGACGACUACUACGCGCAAAGGAAGGCUUACAAGGAGUAUGAAGAUCAAAUCUACCAGCAGCGUCGUGAGCGUCAAAAGGCCGAACGUGACGCUUACGAGAAGGAGAAGCGUCGCCGGAUUGCGGAGCAGAAACUCGAGGAAGCCGGUGAGCCUGCUUUCCUGGAGGAGAUCCGGAUUGCCGAAGGUCUGAUCCGCCACUUCGACCCGUCGUACAAUGCUGGAGACCAUGAGAAGGGCCCGAGCCAAUUCGCCGCCACCACGCAACGCACCGUCGACGAAUCCGGCUUCAAGGGCAUGAAGGUUGUGAAGAAGGAGGAUGAGGAUUUCUUUGUCGGCAGCGGAGGCAAGAAGAAGGGCAAGGGCAAGAAAUCUCCCGCCGCCAGUGCUGAGUCUGGCAAACUCAACAUGAACAUUGGCAUCAUUGACCAGCUGGCCAAAGUCGGUGUGGACCCGCCCAGCACUCAAGCCGAUGUCUCCGGCGUGGUGGACAAGUUGAAGGCCAAAGUGGACACGUGGAAGAAGGAACAGGACAGCCAGACUCAAAAGAACAUUGAAAAGGCCAAGAAGGAAAUCGAGAAGCUAGAGCAGGAAGCUGCCGAAGCGUCUACUGCUUCCCCUCCUCCCAAGAGCGGCCCACGAGGCGGCCGCACCGACCGCGCGAAGAAAGUCGCUCUGAAGGACUCCGGCGCUAACGGGACCGUUCCUGCCGAGGCCGAACAGGCUCAGGAAAAGGAUGCUGUCGCCGACGUGACUAAAGAACUGGAAGAAGCUAAGAUUGAGGAUAAGGAGAACGAAGCGGUUGCGACUGCAUGA